UGUACUUUUUUACUUCGGGAGAAACUACUUCAUUUAUUUUAUAUUACAGCUUGCAAUCCAAAUUAACUUGCAAUUGUACAAAGUGUGUUUGUCUGUAUGAGUGGAUAAUGACUGACAAAUGACAUAUUUCUUUGUUCUAAAUGAACCCAGAACCGCAAGUGCAGCAAAUGGCCCAGAAGGACAAAUGACAAUAUUCGGUUGUGGCAAAGUAAAUGUCUAUGAUGAUGUGCCAGCUGAGAAGGCAUGAGUACUAAUGCAGCUUGCUGCAAGCCCACUCCAAUUGCCUCUAGAAGUUCCAUUUGAAGGAACUACGGCAAGACGACCUUUGCUGUGCCAUUUACAGGCUGCAACUGUUAAAGUAGGCCCAGAUGCUCUUGUUGUAAUAUUGCCAACCUCACAAGCAGUGAACAUGACUGACAACUGUCAGCUGCAAAGGGAGGAAAGCGCCAUAUUUCAUGAAGACAACCCUGAGAGGCUGGUUGAAAUGGGUCAUUUUUCAUCCUUGUUCAAUGGACUGGCGCAGUCAUUUUCGAUCAAGAACGGGCGGAAUUCUGGGUAUUGUGGCGAACGUGAAUCUGCAGAAUCAAUGGUGAAAGAAUCAAAGAAGAACGAGUUGAUAUUGCGGUCUUCGGGGACUGUUCAUGUCAAUGGGUCGAACAAUUUUGCAUCUGUUUUCUCCAAAAGAGGAGAGAAAGGAGUGAACCAAGAUUGCUUUAUUGUGUGGGAGGUAGGUUUUUAGACAAUUUUGCUUGUUAGGAUCUUAAUUUUAGUCUUUUUUUGGUCAUUAAAAAACAGCUUUUAUAGGAUUUUGCAAGUUUUCAUUUGUUUUUGUGUUAUUUAGAUUUUAAUGUUUCUUUUAUUUUCUCCUUUCUGGAUUCUUGGAUAUUUUAAUAAAUUUAUAACUUUUCUUUAUUCUCAAA